ACUGUUGCGUAUGAACACUAAUUUCUCAUUCCGCUUUAGUGUAUUAUAGUUUCACCUCUUGGCAAUGUUCGUGGUUGACUUGCUUCGUUUAAUGCUGAUUGGGAUGAGUUUCUUUCCUGUAUUUGAGGUCGAUUUGAAGGUGGGGCAUCUGCUUUGGAUGCUAUGUUGCUCGAUUGUAUCUGUAAUUUCCAUGAACUGGCACCUCAAUGGUGGGAUUGUGACAGACACCAAGCUAGGUUUGCUUGGUGAAGAUGCCAAUAUGUGCCUCAAAUGGUGGGAGAAAAUCCCACUGAACAUCAGCAAGAUCCUCCACCAUUACUACCAGUAUGUCGGGCCGAAGAGAGUCCGAAAAACGUGGUGGAGAAGGCUUGUGUUUUCGUGGGUGGUUGGGUGGACGAUACUGAGCAUCUGGAUCUUCUCGUUCAUGAGCUCACAGGCCAGUGAGGAGAGGAAGGAAACUCUUGCAAGGAUGUGUAAUGAGAGGGCGAGGAUGUUGCAGGAUCAAUUUAAUGUCAGCAUGAACCAUAUUCAGGCCAUGUCGAUGAUACUCUCGUCAUUCCAUGGCGGAAAGUACCCUUCGGCCAGUGAUCUGAAAGCUUUUGCGCGGUACAUUGAGAGAACUGCUUUCGAGAGACCCCUCACGUGUGGCGUGGCAUAUGCUGGAAGGGUGCUCCACUGGGGAAAAGAAGAAUUUGAGAAGCAGCAGGGCUGGACUAUCAAGAGAAUGGAUACCCUCGAACAAAACCAGGUUCAUAAGAAUGACUAUGCCCCAGAAGCCUUGGAACCAUCCCCAGUUCAGGAAGAAUCUGCUCCUGUUAUCUUUGCACAGGAUGCCAUUAGACACGUCAUCCCUUUCGAUAUGCUGUCCGGGAAGGAAGGUCGACAAAACAUGUUGCGUGCAAGAGAAUCGGGAAGGGGGGUUCUAACUGCACCUUUUCGGCUGCUUAAAACAAACAGACUUGGAGUAAUACUGACGUUCGCCAUCUACAAAAGCUAUCUGCCCUCAAAUGCAACCCCAAAUGAAAGAAUUCAAGCAACUGUUGGGUAUCUUGGUGGAGUCUUUCAUAUUGACUCACUAAUGGAGAAGUUACUUCAACAACUUGCUAGCAAGCAAACCAUCCUUGUGAACGUGUAUGACACAACCAAUCAGUCGCAUCCAAUCAGGAUGUAUGGUUCAAAUGUGUCGGAUGAUGGAUUGCAGCACAUUAGCUCCUUAAGUUUUGGAGAUCCCUUAAGGAACCAUGAGAUGCGGUGCAGGUUCAAAAAUAAGCCACCAUUGCCGUGGUUGGCCAUUGAGAUUUCUCUUUACAUCCUCGUAAUUGCAUUGUCUGUUAGCUCCGAUUUCCAUGCAAUUGUAGAUAGGAUUACCAAACUGGAGGAUAUGAUGGAGCUCAAGAUACGGGCCGAGGCAGCUGUUGUUGCCAGAUGUGAGUUUCUUGCAACUGUUUCAUACGAGAUCAGAACCCCAAUGAAUGGUGUCCUAGGAAUGUUACAAAUGCUAAUGGACUCAAACCUGGAUGAUACUCAACUAGAUUAUAUCCGAACUGCCCAGAGAAGUGUAAGACAUGCAGUCUCACUUACAAAUGGACUCCUGGACCCGAAGCUUGAGGCAGUGCGUUUUUAUCUGCGACCUAUUCUAGAUGAUGUUCUGUCCUUCUUUAGGAUGGAGUAUCAAGAAAAAGUAGAGUGGGCAGUAUACGUCUCAGAUCAGGUUCCUGAUAUGCUUAUUGGUGAUCCCAGAAGGUUUCGGAAAAUUAUCACCAAUCUCAUGUGGAAUUCAAUCAAAUUCACAGAAGAAGGACACAUCUUUGUCACGGUUCAUCUUGUCGAGGAGCUGAUCGGCUUAAUAGAUGUUGAGACUGCAUCAUCACCGAAUAACACCUUGAGUCGUUUCCCCGUUGCAGAUAGACGCCACAGUUGGGAAGGAUUUAGGUGUUUCGGUCAAGAUGGAACUGCAAGCCGUUUUUCACCGUCACCUGACCUCAUCCAUAUUAUUGUAUCUGUCGAGGACACAGGACUUGGAAUCCCUCUAGAAGCCCAACAUUUUAUGAAUUUGGGACAUAUAGAUAGAGGAAUUAGAAUGAGGAUAUGGAUAAGCCAGUGUUUGGUUAGCCUCAUGAAAGGGGAAAUCGGGUUUGUUAGCAUUCCAAAGAUUGGUUCCACAUUUACAUUUACUGCUGUUUUCACCAAUGCCAGCUCCAGUUCAAAUGAGUUAACGAUCCAGCAAAUCAGCAGCCAGUCAAAUGCUGCAUCCUCAGAAUUUAAUGGCAUGACAGCAUUAGUAGUGGACCAAAGACCUGUUAGGGCCAAGAUGUCAAGAUACCAUAUCCAACGGCUUGGAAUUCGUGUUGUAGUAGUUUCUGAUUUGUAUGAGGGUUUAUCUAGCAUAAGCUGUGGUAUUCCAACUAUCAAUAUGGUCCUUGUCGAACAGGAAGUCUGGGAUAAAGAUUCAGGAACUUCAGCUCUCUUUGUCCGUAAUUUAAGGAAAAUUGUUGGACAGGUUCCUCCGAACCUGUUCAUUCUUACCAACUCUAUUACCUCAUGCAGAAUAAGCUCUGCAACUUCAGGUGUCCCUACCCCAACAGUCAUCAUGAAGCCUCUCAUGGCAAGCAUGCUCGCUGCCUCACUGCAAAGAGCCAUGGGAGCUGGUAAGGCAAAUCUCCGGAACAGGGAGCUCCCAAGUUUGUCUCUCUGCGACCUUCUGUUAUGCAGAAGAAUUCUUAUUAUUGAUGAUGAUAAUGUGAAUCUCAGAGUAGCUGCCGAUGCUUUGGAAAAGCAUGGGGCAUUGGUGGAAUGUGCAGACAAUGGUAAAAGGGCAAUCUUACUGCUUAAGCCGCCCCACCAUUUUGAUGCCUGCUUCAUGCAUAUCCAGAUGCCAGAGAUGGAUGGGUUUGAAGCUACAAGGAGAAUACGUGACACGGAACGCAAUAUCAGCAACAGUAUUCAACAUGGCGAACUUAAUGUGGAGGAUUAUGAAGGUAUUCAAGCGUGGCAUGUACCCAUUCUGGCCAUGACUGCUGAUGUAAUUCAGUCUACCCAUGAAGAAUGCACAAAGUGCGGAAUGGAUGGAUAUGUUUCAAAACCAUUCGAAACUGACCAGCUUUAUCGCGAAGUUUCCCGUUUGUUCCUAUCUACAAGACUACAAGUUUAUAGAGGUGUGGGGAAUGGGGAGAGGACUGGGAUUGGAUUGGCAGUUUCAGAAGGAUGUUAGAAAGUUUAGAAGAUGGGCAGGUUUCCAUUUGAGAUUGAGUAUGAUUUUUUUAACCAUACCCACAUGCCCGAAGAUAAGCUACAAGAUGGACUAAUUGCUCCUGGAUUUGAUGAAGCCUCUUGCUUGAGCAGAUACCAAUCCAAUUUAUACAGAAAAAUUUCACCCCAAAUCCAUCUUCUCAUCUUCUCUCCAGACUGAGAAGUUAUGAACAUCUCCACAAGAAAUGUGGGCCCCACACGAAACCCUACAACAAAACCUUAGAACAACUCAAGUCCAGCAGUAACCCUAGCAGCACUAGCGCUGAUAGGUCAGCAGAGUGCAAGUAUGUGGUUUGGAUAUCUUACAAUGGCUUGGGGACAGGAGCAGAGCCAAGGUGGGGGCAAUGGGAUUCCUUGACCCCAAUAACUAUGUGCCGACAGCCUCAAACAAGAAGAAGGAGCUUGUUGAUAUUGACAGUAUGGUUGCUGUCAGUGCUGUUAGUACUGCCAGAAUGCAUUAUGCUGCUUGUCAGAUGCUGUUGCUAACUAGAGAGUAUGGGUGUGUUGCUUUAUAUGUCAUUUUUUAUUCCUUGAGUUGAGUCAGUGGUGUCAUUGUUUACUCCUAGGGUCCAUCAUUUUGUAAUGUUAUUGCUUAUUCCUUGGGUCUUUGUAAGCAUGCGUGCUGCAUGCUGAUAACAAAAGCAUGGGUGCGGUCAUCUCCAUAAAUAGCUCUUCCUCCCUUGUAAUCCGCAUGACAUUUCUCGGUAAUACAAAGAAGAUAUCAUUCAAAAUCAA